AUGUGGUUGAACUUGAUUCUGACAGAAACCAACAGAUACGGAUCUACUAAAAAGGACACGUUCGAGCCGCUCGAUGAGAUUGAAUUCUGGAAGUUUCUGGCCCUCUGCCUGCACAUGGGCAUUGAACGCAGAGCACACCUAAAGGAGUACUGGUCAACCAGGCCAGUGUACAUAGGAAUCUGUGGCUGGUACUAUUUCCUUCUGCCUCCACCACUACGACGGAAAAGUCUAGAUGGAACUCGAGUUGUUCAGCUGAAUGGAAUAGUUCUGUUGAUGGAAACCUACCUGUCUCCUAACGAAGAUCCAAAAGAAGCGGCCUUGUCCAUUUUCGUCAACCACGAGAACAGAGAAUGA